UAAUAAUAAAUAAAUUUACAAAUAAUAUGGGAGGUAAUUCUUCAUCUUGUAGAACAUCUCAAUAUAGGGCACAAAUUCGAAACAACGAAGAUGUUCAUGAAAGAAUUAAAAAAACUUAUGAUUCAAUAGAGAAAUUAAAACAGAUGACUCAAAAUGGGAUGGUAACUCAAGAGGAACUUGAGAAUAAAGUUGAAAGUAUUGAAGAAGAAAAUCGGCAAUUACGAGAAGCUGCGGAGAAAUGUCCUGACGAUUCUGCACUUAAGAGAGCACUUGAGGCUAUUAACGAAUUAGUUUGUGAAAUUGGUCGAGCAGUUGGUCGUGGAAUUCGUGCUGUUUUUGAUGUUAUUGGACGUGCCAUAAAAGGAAUUGGAAAUGUUAUUGCUCGUGCUCUGACAGCAAUUGGAAACGUUAUUUCUAGUUGUCUUAAGGCUAUUGGUAAUUUGUUAUCCCGAUUCUUUAGUUGGAUUGGUUCUUGGUUUAGUUGAA